GGUAGACUCGUCCGGGCGGCUCUUCACAGCGCGUGUCAGCGUGUGAUUUAUCCCGUGGAUGCGGCCGUCGGGGUCGCCGUCUGAGCCCUGCAGGACCAGCCUGUCAUAGGGCAUCAUGCUUUCUCUGCUCCUUCACGUGCGGAUGAGGAAUAUUCUCCCUGAGAUGCUGCUGCUGCUGCAGAUGAUCUUGUGCGUCUCGCCUCUGAUCGGAGCGGCUCCCUCUCAGACCACCGAGCAGCUGGACACGGGAGUGGACUGGCUGAGCAAGUUUGGCUACCUCCCGCCCCCUGACCCCGUCACGGGCCAGCUCCAGACCAAGGAGGCUCUGACCAGGGCCAUCAAGGCCAUGCAGAAGUUUGGAGGACUGAAAGAGACCGGGGUCUUGGAUCAAGCCACCCUGGGACUAAUGAAAACACCCAGAUGUUCCCUGCCAGAUGUGUCUGAGGCUGAGGGAACGAUGGGACGCAGGAAGCGAAGCCCGACUCCCCCGAACAAAUGGAAUAAAAGACAUCUGUCCUGGAGGGUGAGGACCUUCCCCAAGGAUUCGGCCUUGCUGGGCAGAGACACGGUUCGAGCCCUGAUGUACUACGCCCUGAAGGUGUGGAGCGACAUCGCGCCGCUGAACUUCCACGAGGUGGCGGGCAGCGACGCCGACAUCCAGAUCGACUUCACCAAGGCCGACCACAACGACGGCUACCCCUUCGACGGGCCGGGGGGGACGGUGGCGCACGCCUUCUUCCCCGGAGAGAGGUUCACAGCUGGAGACACGCACUUCGACGACGACGAGGCCUGGACCUUCAGAUCUCCAGACUCUCACGGGAUGGAUCUGUUCGCGGUGGCGGUCCAUGAGUUCGGCCACGCCAUCGGUCUGGUCCACACGUCGGCCAUCGAGUCCAUCAUGAGGCCGUACUACCAGGGUCCCGUGGGAGACCCUCUGAAGUAUGAUCUACCCUACGAGGACAAAGUCCGCGUCUGGCAGCUUUACGGUGUCAGAGACUCAGUGUCCCACACAAACCAACCAGGCAGCUCCUCUCAGACAGCUGAGCCCCCCGUCCUGCUGGACCUUCCUGAGAACAGGUCCAACAUCCUACUGGCACGCGAUGCCCCCGACAGAUGCACCAGUCACUUUGAUGCAGUGGCCCAGAUACGAGGGGAGGCCUUCUUUUUCAAAGGGAAGUAUUUUUGGCGGCUAACGAGAGAGAAGCAUCUGGUGUCGCUGCGUCCUGCUCAGAUCCAUCGCUUCUGGAGAGGCCUACCAACCAACCUGGACAGCGUGGACGCUGUCUAUGAGCGGCCUGGCGACCACAAAAUAGUCUUUUUCAAAGGGCUAAAAUAUUGGGUGUUUAGAGACAAUAUCGUGGAGGAGGGUUACCCCCGUCCAAUCAGUGACUUUGGUCUGCCACUGGAAGGCGUGGACGCCGCCUUCGUUUGGCUUCACAACGACAAGACCUACUUCUUCAAGGAUAACCGCUACUGGCGCUACGACGACCACCUGCACCGCAUGGACCUGGGCUACCCUAAAGACAGCAACCUGUGGAAGGGACUCCCUUCACAAUUGGACGAUGCCAUGAGGUGGUCAGAUGGCUCGUCCUAUUUCUUCAAAGGGAAGGAGUACUGGCGAGUGCCGGGCAGCGACAUGGAGGUGGACGUGGGAUUCCCCCGCCUCAUCGCUAAGGACUGGAUGCUGUGCACCGAGAUGCAGGAGGACUCUCCAGAUGCCGAGCCCAAAAACACAGAGACCAGGGUGAACGUGUCGUCGUCCACCAGCCAUUUCUUCAGCAGGACUGAGAAAAACAUGAGAUGUGACGAUAAUACACAGUCAAGAUAUAAAGGGGAUAUAAAAACCGAAACACUCAUCUCCGUUUAUGAUACAAAGCCCAAUGUUGUGUUGAAGGCCAGCUGUGAAAGGAGGUACAAUGUACUUCUUUGUCUUAUAUUUGCUAGUCAAUUUCUCUGCUAUCAACUAUUCAGGUCAAACAUUUGAGGAAAUGAUGUGAAGCAGUGUUCCUCUUCACUGUCUA